GCUUUCAUCACGGAAGGCCGCAGAGUCGAGAGGAACGUCUGCAGAUGUCGGGCAAUGGUGGGAGAGGGCCAGCAGCCUUUUUGGUGGCUGUCCUCCUCCCCUCUACCCUCCAGUUCUACACCCACUCAAACCACUGACAAAGGCCUUUCCCUUAGAAAAGACUCAGCCACCACCCUCAGUCCAGUUGGGUAGUUUUGACAUGGCACCACCCUCUCCCCAUGCAGGGGACUCCUUGAUCUUAGUGCCAUGGGCCUGUCAGACUCCUCUCACGGUGACCUUGGAGACUCUGAGAUACUGCAUCUACAGGAGAAGGCCAGUAGACUGCUACACAGAAGUGAGCUCUCACUCAGUAGUGGAUCUUAUUCCCAUCAGCUCUGAGGGCCUGGGCUGCUCCAAUUUGUCCUCCUCUGUGAGCAUAGAUGAGCCAGUCCGAAGGCCUAUAAUUACCAGUCUUAUCAGCUCAACCACUGUUGUGGGGAACCUAAGCUCAGCAGACCUCUAUUUUGGAACCGUGCCCAAACUGUCUGUGGUUGGUCCCCCUGACCCAUGCACACGCCCAGAGGGGGACAUCCUGUUUCAGUGGCGCCUGAGGAGGAAGAUGGAGAAGGCCAGUCAGUGGUCACACCCACAUCAGGUUCACACCCUUCAUCAGCACUCUGUCAGCUGGCAGGCACACAAGGUACAGCGGAAUCCCCACCCUGCAUAUUCCACUCAUAUAGUUACCCGCUCCUUCACCCCAGCCCCCCAGGAGACCAGUGUCCCCCAUGGACCAUUCUCCCCUGCAGCUGCCCUCCCCGUCUCCAAGUUGCAGCCGGAUACCCCGGUCUGUCCCCACAUGCAACUCCUCUGUGACAUCCUUCCUUAUACCGCUCAGUGCCUCUCCCCUCCACCCAGCCACCAGAGGAGCCCAAAUAGGAGGUCUCUAGGGCCGACCGGACCAUCAGGCAGCCCAAAGCCCAGUUCAGAUCCACAGACACCUCCACUGGGGAGCCCACUAGUAAACAUGAGUCCUCUUCACCACCGCCCGCCUUGUCUCUUCGUGAUGCGGACCAUUCUGAGAGGCCCAGCUAUACAGAUUGGAGUGUGAGCCAACACAGCACCAGAUGUAAAGACAGGGUCAACCCAUGGAGAGAGGAGCCCAGCAGAGACUGGGGGCAACAGGAAAGCAGGCCAGGGGUAGUGAGAGAGGGCCGCCCUGGAGAUCGUGCUCCAUCACCCUCUCCCAUACACAUUACCCUGGGACAGGUAGUUUCAGAGAUAAUGUUACCGACCAUGGACUCCCGGACCCGCCCAGAACCCCUGUGUCCUCUGACUCUCCCAGAUAUGCGCCCCCACAGUCCCCCGCCCUGCCUCCCAGUGCACAGCAGCCCCGGGAGGUCGUAGCUCAGCUGCUGCAGGAGGCUGAAGAUUCAGACGAGCAAGAGUUUAAAGACGACCCCUUACUGAAUGUCUUAAGGUAGCAGAGGAUGGGUGAAGGAGCAAAUCAGCGAGGUGGACUUACUGUUGGAUGAAUUCCAGGAAGCGUGAUCACUGGUGGUGAGCACACACAUGGAACAAAAACAACCAAUUCAAAAGCAUUUUUAUUUUUGUACCGAAAGAUAGUGCAUUUAUUUUUGUUAACAAAUUAUCUUUUUACAAUGAAUAGUUAAAUAUACAAAAACCUUACUGUUGGGUUUUGUGAACAUACUUGAUAAUCUGAGUGUUAAAACCUUUACACAUGAUUUAGAGGGCAUUAGACACGCCACACAAUCAAAUCAACAUUUUCAAUGGUUUUAUAUCAUAUUUACAAUGAAUGGUUCCAUAAAAAUAUUAAGAUUGAUGAGUUAAAUGGGAUUCUUUAGGAUGAGGGAUGAUUUUAAAUGAGAGAUCUGUCCUGGUAAUAUGUACAAACCUCAGAGAGGGAGGGCAGGGAAUUUUAAUGUUGUGACGGCUUAGUUAAUGGGUGUUUUGGUAAAGGCAGGCACCAGCUCCUUGGUGAGUGUUUGAUAUGUCUGUUGGAGGAGAAUGUGCCUGUAUUUUUGCUUCUAUCCUUAUUUGGUGUGUGUACAGUUUACCAAGUUACCAAUUACUUCACACUGGAAGAAGUUAAGCUACCCAUAACUACUUUUUUAUUUUCUUUAACUAAAGUUAAUUUAAAAAAUUGCAAACUUCUUUGCGAUAAACUAUUUUAAAUCUGAAAUGUUAGACUACAAAUUGCAAGAACAGAUCACUCUGGAGUAAGAUGUUAACAGAAUGUGUAAUUUAGCAUAUUAAACAACUGUUUCAAGUGAGAAUUAGAAAGGAGUAAUACUGAAAAAGAAAGGAAAUGAUUGCCUACUUCACCCAUGUUUUCUAUUUGCAAAAGAAGUCGUGUGUAGUUCCAGUAGUUAACUACUUUUUUUUGUUGCUGUGUAGCAAACUACCAGAUAUGAACUGCCACCAAGCUUCUGAAAAAUGUAUUUGAAUUACUAGUUGAACUACAUGUAGUUUACUACUACCCCCCCCCCCCCAACACUGGUUCCUAUUGAUUGUGUGUUUGUUCUUAUGGUGUGUAUGCUCAUGAUUCUGAGUGGGACAGGUGUCUGGAGUUCUCCCCCUGCAGCAUAGGGGCCGAUAUGAUGAGGAUGCCUUCAGGCGACACACCUGACUCCAGAGCCAUGGAGUCCACUCCCUCUGGAAUCCUGUAGCGCCGGUUAAACUGUCGCGUCACCAGCCCCGACCCAUCCUGCAAACAUACGUUAUAGUGAACACAGUCAGUGAGGAAUGCUCGUUUUCAGGCUAACAAGUGGCCUGGUUUCCAGUCUGUUUGGUCAGUAGUUGUCUGAAGCAGAAACAGACUGCAUAGCGACCAGGCUAUAUUCAAUGUCUGUCAUCACACUAUGGCAGUGUGAUUAUGAACAGAGAACUCUUGCAUAAUACAUGCAACACAGUAGUUGCUUACUUUUUUCUCUUUGUGUUUCCCUUGGACCUCCACAAAGUCUCCUGUCACCUUGACCAUGAGCUCCUUUGGGUUGAAGUGUUUCACAUCAACCUGAACUGUGAAUCGACUGUGGUCACAACACACCUGGCAACAGGGGAAGAUACCAAUAUUACUACUCAAAUUGACUCUAUUACUGCUGGCUUAAUCUACUUUUAUGUAAUUACAUUCAAAUGAUAAAGGCAAGAGCACCUGCAGUAAAUGGGCAUUCAUUAAAGUGUCAGUAGAAUAUAGAAAGUAACAGAUAAAAUUCAUUAAUCAAGGCUACCUCAUUGAUACAGAACAAAGUCAUGAAAAAUGAAUCCAGAAAUGGUUUGAUCAAUGAGAAAUUAGAACACUGCGUGCGUGCAGUGUAACGGGAAUAAACCUACCUGUGCAGAGCCAGUUUGCUCCGUCACUGGGGUGAGCAGCUCCGACGGCGUGAAUGAGUACAGCCCGAAUGUCCCGUUCAGCCCGGGAAGAAGAGGCGGCAGGACCCUCUCCCAUGCGAUACCGCUGGCUGGAAAAGUGGGUGGCAGAUCGAAGUCCAUUUCGCGUCUGAGGUAAAAAAUAAUAAUAUAUAUAUGCAGUGAUUACUACAGCCUUUCACACCAGUAUGGGCCGGGGAUGUUACGAAUAUUCUAGGCCACAUGAAGAAAUCGCACAUGGGAAAAAUGAUAGACCUACAUUUAUUGGACUUCGAGAAACUUUUAGCCUAAUAGAAGUUGUUAAAAUGAAUCAAUAAAUAAUUCAACUAUAAUAUACCCGCGUCUUUACUGCUGAGGUUCAGAAAGUGAUUGAUUCGUAAAGACUACAGCGAUGUUUUUUAUAGUCCUUGUCAAAUCUGGAAUAUUGUAAAUAAUACCGAAUACGCUUGAUCCUCAAAGACCUUUCAAAUUGUUGCUGGGAAGGGUCACCGUGUAAAAUCCCGUUUGAGACGUAGAGUCGUUAGCACUUACCGUUAUGAGAUGCCUGCAAGUCCUAUUAUGUUCUGACUGCCAAUAGGAUGGAUUGCUGCGUCCGUGUAUCUGACUCUUCCCUUUUCCCUGACAAACUGUGGAAGUGCCAGUUAAGGUCUGUAUUUAUGAUAGGAGUUACAUAAUGAGGCGGGAACUUCGCUGUGGGGCACCCUGCUUGCUUUGGAUUCACCACCAGACCCCCUGGGAAUUAUGAUUUUGUUUUAGUUGUGAUCAAAUGCUUCGAUAGCGUGGGGACCUGCUUUAAGGAACACUCCUCCCUAUCAUAUCAACCUAAAUAUGAAGAACUGUUACCAUAUUCCCCAUUAUAAUCAUAUAGUGUACGUGUGAUAGUGCACCUUUUUAAUUAAGCUUACAUGGUCGUUUUCCUUGACACCUGUUGGGAGCCCCUUUUGGUGAUUUGGCAAUUGACAUUCAACACUGCCAAAAGCGGUAAUCUCAAUACAGUGUUCUGCCAGGCAACAGUUCAGACGCUUCCUUCUAGGGAUAGACUGCAUAACUGACUGGACUGCUCAAUAAUUGCUACAACAGAUUCGUUGAAAACUGAUUAAAUAUUGCAAUUUUA